CCAAGUUCUUUUUGCGUUGGAACAACAUGAGAAUUUUCUUUUUUCUUUUUCUUACAAAAAGUACAUCAUCAAAACGGAAGGCUAUUAACAUUCUUGCCUGCACAUAAAUAUCCUCUUACCAUAUUCAUCUUCCAAGAAGCAGCCGCAUAACUUCUUUAACCCUCUCUUCUUCCUCGAGACAUCUGAGCAAACCAGAAAUCAACAUGGCCAAGGAAGCAGAACUGAAGAAGAUGGAACUGAAGGUCUCUAUCAACUGCUGUGAUGGAUGCAAGCGGAAAGUUAAGAAGGUGUUGCAGAGUAUUGAAGGCGUUUUGAAGACAGAAAUAGAUGCAGCAGCAGCAAAAGUGACUGUCCAUGGAAACGUUGAUCCCCAAAUUUUGAUAAAAAAGCUCUCGAAAGCAGGGAAACAGGCAGAGAUAUGGAGGCAACAGAAGGGCAAAGAAGAUGAGAGAAAGCCCGAUAAGUGCCAAGGAAAAUCUAGUAAUGAUGCGAAUACUAAUAUAAGUAGUGAUCAGCAAGAGAUCAAAGCGGAAGGGAAGAGAUCAGAAUCAGAGAAGGAAAUUAAGAAAGGGAUGACAUUGAAGAAGGAAGGGGAGGGUGGUGAUUAUAUGAGCAGUACUUCAAAUUCCGUCCAGUGCCAGUACCCCUACAUGGUUGAAGCUUAUCCAAUCACCAUACCCUUCUAUGCUGCUAUUCCUACGCCUCCGGCUAACCAAAUUCCCCUACUCUCAGUUUCACUCCGUCCACGAGGACUAGUCGAGGAUUCUUCAAUGAUGAAAAUACUGCUGGAUGUCAUCUUAUGUAAAACCCAGAACAAACACUAUUCCUUAAUUUCCCUUUUCUUCUUUUUUUUUUGAGAAUCAAUUUUUCUUCUUAAUUAUGAUAAACUAUUAUUAUUAAUUCUUCUUCAUAUUUAUCCGUAAGAAAUUUCUUCUAAUAUCAGAAUGAGGACAAUCAUCAAGGAGUUAGUAGGUAUCACCAAUGCAUUUAUCGUCUCAUGUCCAACUGUGUUUGGCAUAUUUGACAGGUUCAAGUCCCAGCAAGGAGUAAGCA